AUGCAUAACGUGGUCGCAGGUUGGGAUGAGAAUAAAAUUUCUUUUGUUCUGGUUUGCAUUCUUUCUUUCUUUCUUCCUUCCUUCCUUUCUUCCUUCCUUCCUUCCUUUCUUUCUUUCUUUCUUUCUUUCUUCCUUUCUUUCUUCCUUCCUUCCUUUCUUCCUUCCUUCCUUCCUUUCUUUCUUUCUUUCUUUCUUUCUUUCUUUCUUUCUUUCUUUCUUUCUUUCUUUCUAAGACCACUUGUCCCGAUUCUUCUUUCUUUCUUUCUUUCUUUCUUUCUUUCUAAGACCACUUACCACUUGUCCCGAUUCUUCUUUCUUUCUUUCUUUCUUUCUUUCUUUCUUUCUAAGACCACUUGUCCCGAUUCUUCUUUCUUUCUUUCUUUCUUUCUUUCUUUCUUUCUUUCUUUCUUUCUUUUUUUCUUUCUCAGACCACUUGUCCCGAUUCUUCUUUCUUUCUUUCUUUCUUUCUUUCUUUCUUUCUUUCUUUCUUUGUCGCAUCGGGAUGAUGAACGGACUGGUGUUGGCGAGGCGGUCGAAUAG